AUGGUAUCUUUCGGAGAUGUCACGGAGUUAGGGGGAUGGGAUGUGGUGAUUUUUGUGUUCGUGGUUUACGUGGUUUUUGUCGUGUUCUUGAAGAAGCCUACAAAAGACGUACGUCCGAAUGGGGAAGAAAAAACGUCGAAUGCUCUUCCACCCAUGCAAAAGAGGGAUUUUACAGUGGAACAAUUGUUACCCUUUGACGGCGUCCAAAAUGAACGAAUCCUUAUGGCUAUUUGCGGAAAGGUAUUUGACGUGACGAAAGGAAGCUUAUUUUAUGGCCCCGAAGGUGCAUAUAGUAAAUUGGCAGGUCAUGAUGCCACGCGAGCAUUGGCGACGAUGGAUAUCACCUUGGUUAAAGAUACUCCAGAUGAUUUAAGUGAUAUUUCAGAUUUAGAUCUUAAUACAGCUAGAGAAUGGAUGCAGUCAUUCAUCUACAAAUAUCCUGUUGUGGGGAAAUUGUUAGCCGAGGGUGAAGAGUCGACCGAUUACAAAGGCGAAUUGGCAUCGCUGUAA